GCCGUACUCAACAUACCAGAUCUCGCUGAGCGCACGGACCCUGGUAGGCCCGGGCCCUGAGGUGUCCACUACUGUCACCACGUUAACAACAACACCAAGUGGUCCUCCAGUCAACGUCACGAUCGAAGAUGUCCUCAUCACCAGUGUUCUCGUCUCCUGGUUACCACCCGCCUGUCCUGAGUCGAACGGCGUCAUCACCCAAUAUGGCGUCUCCGUGGUACCACUAGACUCUGGGAACGGGAACGAAGUCCCAGAUGUGAUGACUAGCAACACGCGGAUGAGCGUCUCAGGCCUGAGACCGAGUACCUGGUGUGGCGUCAGAGUCAGGGCGUACACAGAAGUCGGACCUGGCCCGUACAGCCGAAAGUUAACGUCUCCACUCUAACGAUGAAUUGUAGCAAGGGCACCUUUGGCGUGUUCUGUGAGCUGACUUGCCACUGUCUUGGCGGGGAGGCGUGCGACCGAUUCAACGGCUCCUGUGCAGUGGGAUGCGCAGCCGGAUGGACCGCGGCAGACUGUCAACAAGAGUGCGAUGUCGGGUGGUAUGGACCGGACUGUAGCGAGCAGUGCCACUGUCUGGACAACACUGUCCACUGUAACAGGUUCACUGGACCGACGGAAGAGUGCGAAUGCAACGACCAGUACUUUGGGAACAGAUGUCUUCAACUGAAGGUGCCACCAAACAUCACCGCCCUUUCAAAUGUGAAGGUCAACCCAGGUCAACCAACGACCGUCUUUUGCACCGCGACCGGAAACCCUGCUCCUAUCGGAACGGAAAUGACGUUACAGCUGAUAGAUGGGGCAUUACUUCAACCGACAACUUCCUUUUCCAUGGGAAGAGGGAGGUCGGCCCGAUUCAGCGUGAAUUCGAUCCGACACGGAGACGUCCUGACAUGCAUCGUGAACACUCUAGCUGGAUCUGACGAGAAAACUGCUGAUCCUCUUCUUUAUGAACUGCCACUGCUUGUGAAACCGCCAAGUGUCCUUGAACGUGACAUUGAACCGACACGACUCACCGCAACAUUUGACCAAUGGACUCCCGACGUUGACCUAGGAGAGGGUCCUGUUGUAUCCUACACUGUGAAAUAUAGAGAACUGACGGACGAAAACUGGAACUCACUCCCUACGACUCAAGAAGAUGGUUUAUCAGCGGUGUACUACCAAACCAUCGCUGGACUAACACCAUACACAACAUACGAUAUAUCUGUACAAACCUUCCGGACAGGGGAAGGGGGAGGGGGGCCUAACGGUCCUACUGCAACUGUCACAACAAAGUGCCUUGGGCCUACUGAAGCUCCAGUGAACCUGCGUCUCGGCAGUGUGGGUGCGCGGUACGCUGUUGUAAUGUGGGACGCACCCGACCCUAGGACUGUCCGCUGCAGAGAAAUCACGGGAUUUCAGUUGUACUGGAAAUCGCCUGGAGAUUUUGACUACACGGUGAAGUAUGUGGACUCCUCGGACAGAAACCACACACUGUCCAACCUGGCCCCGUUCAGCACUUAUAACGUCAAGAUGGAGCUGCUGAAUGAGAUCGGAGCCAGCCCAGAAACACCCAUCCUGAGCUUCAAAACUCCAGAAGAUGUUCCAGAGGAAGUUCGGAGCCUAACCACGUCUGUCCUUUCCCCGACCAUAGUCGGUGUUUCUUGGGACGCGCCGAUUCGAACAAACGGGAUUCUCCAAGGUUAUGACCUGUCGUACAACCUGACAUCCAGGGGACAGUGUAUCCCGAUUUUUGACACCAAAACCGUCAUAUCUGUUUUGCGACAGACAACAAACUACAUCAUAACAGAGAUGUUUCCGUACUCAACAUACGAGAUAUCGGUCAGUGCAAAAACCAGUGCUGGUGUUGGCAAUGCAAAGGUGUCCACAGCCACAACACAAGAAGCAGUACCAAGUGGUUCUCCCUCAAACAUACAUGCGACUGAAGUAGACAUGGAAGAACUGACAUUUUUAUGGGACCCGCCAUCUUGUGACGUGAGAAACGGCGUCAUCCUACGAUACGAUUACAUCUUUGACGAGGUUGAGGCAGCAACGAGAGAGUCCAGAACCACAGGAACAGUCACGUCUACUGGAGCAACAUUCAGGGGGCUUCGUCCUGACAGGUUGUACAUGAUUCGAGUACGAGCUUCUACAUCUGUAGGAGCGGGACCUUACAGUGCCCAGACCCAAGUCGCCACCUUGCCAGAAUCUUGUCCUGCUGGAUGGUUUGGGCACUACUGUAACCAGAGCUGCUACUGUAUGAACAGUGGAGCGUGUGAGAGGUUAACAGGAUACUGCCCAUCUGGCUGUGCUAGUGGCUACACUGGGGAUGCCUGUAAUCAGGUUUGUCCGCUGAACCAGUACGGCCCCAACUGUACAUUCUUCUGUAACUGUAUGAACCCUGAGGACGGGUGUGACAGAAUCAACGGACCCACACAAGACUGCCAGUGUACCGCCGAGUGGUUUGGGACUAACUGCACACGGAAAAAGAGCCUGUCUGAUGUGACCAUUGUGACUUCACCACUGUACUCAUCAGCAUCUCCAGGAUUUCCCAACAUCAAGUGUGUAACGGCCAUGGGGAUGGGGUCUUUUCCCUUCGGGGUUGCUAAAGACACUGGGACAGGAACAACCUUCACCAUCUGGAGGAUUGUAGCAAGGAUUCUGCCGGAACCCUGGCCGGGAAGGAUGGUCAGUUUCCUGCCUAUGGCAGGGGAAGCUGCCCUCGGGGCAUUCUACUGUGAGGCACAGUCACUGAAGGGCAUCCUGACAAGAGUAACAACUGUCAGGGUAAAGGAGGGAGUGGAUCUUUCGCCAGAGGAAUAUUCCCAGACUGUAUCAGUAGGAGAAUCAGCCACACUAACGGUAACACCCACAACCAUGUCUGGAGGUGCUGUGAAGUGGAUGCACAAUGGAGAGGAGAUACAAGCCACUGGCUUUCAACUGCACAUAGAGAAUGUACAGCCAGAAGAUGCAGGGCUGUACGAGUGCUUCUAUGAGGGGCAGAGAACAAGUGAUAAUAAGAACCAAGCAAUGAUGAGGUUAAUUGUAAGAGGCUGUCCGGCCGGCCUGUGGGGUGACAGUUGUGAGUUUGAAUGUCCAGAGUGUUAUAACGGUGGCCAGUGUUUCCACGGGUCAGGAGAAUGUGUCUGCCCACCAGGGUUCAGUGGGACUUCUUGUGAAAAAAGUUGUGGAGGGAACAGGUUUGGUAUGGACUGUACCCAACACUGUGACUCUAACGAUGACCAGUCAGACCAGUGUUCAGGGCUCCUGCUGUGUGUACCUGAUCCCUACGGCUGCUCCUGUGCUACUGGGCUACGCGGACACCAAUGUGACCAAACCUGUUUGCCGGGGACAUACGGUGCAGGGUGUACCCAACAGUGCAACUGCAGAGACUUGGAACCCUGUGACCCCUUCACCGGGAACUGUGCAAGCGGCUGUCCCGACGGUUGGCAUGGCGACUCAUGUCAACAAAAGUGUGAGGACGGCACAUUUGGAGAACAGUGUUCCCUGUCCUGUAACUGUAUGGAGCCCUGCAACCACGUAACAGGAGAAUGCUCAGUCAACUGUGAACCUGGAUGGAAGGGGGAUACGUGUCAGGAAGUAUGUGUUAACGGUACCUACGGGUCUGACUGUGAAGGGUCCUGCCACUGUGUCAUAGAUGAGCCAUGCAACAUACAGACAGGAGAAUGUUUUAAGGGUUGUGCAGCAGGUUGGAUGGGUACAUCGUGUCAGGAAGCUUGUCCUGUUGGAACGUUCGGCCCCAACUGUAGCCUAACCUGCCACUGUUACGGAGAGGAAGAGUGUGACAGGUUCUACGGGAACUGUUCUCAGGGCUGUGGUGCAGGCUGGAAGGGUCCAUCCUGUCAGCAGGGGUGUGAUACAGGAGAGUUUGGGCCAGACUGUGGUUUGGACUGCCACUGUCUGAACGGAGGAGGCUGUGACGUUAUAACCGGGGAGUGCGAAGGGGGAUGUGGCCUUGGUUGGACAGGAGAGGGUUGUCAGGAGGAGUGCAGAGUGGGCAGGUUUGGAGCUAACUGCACCAGAGUUUGCCACUGUGAGGGAGACUCAGCCUGUGAUGUCAGGACUGGGACAUGCCCGGGACCAUGUGCACCAGGGUGGGCAGGGAUGGACUGUCAAGAAGACAUAGAUGAGUGUGAGUCCUCACCAUGUGAAAAUGACGGCACCUGCGUAGAUGACAUCAACUCCUACAGCUGCACCUGUCCACCUGGAUAUGGAGGGGACAACUGUCAAACAGAUAUAGAUGAGUGCCUGUCCAGUCCCUGUCUAAACGGUGGCACAUGUACAGAAGGACUGAAUCAUUACUCAUGUGACUGUCCUGCUGGUUACGAAGGACAGGACUGUGAAACUGAGGUAGACGAAUGUUUGUCAUCACCUUGCCAUCACGGUGGCACCUGUACGGACCAGGUGAACGGUUUCACCUGUAGCUGCCCACCUGGCUUAACUGGUCUCAGGUGUGAAAUAGACAUAGAUGAAUGUGAAUCGAGCCCCUGUUUAAAUAGUGGGAGCUGCCUUGAUAAGGUAAACCUCUUCACUUGUGCCUGUCCGCAGGGUUUUGGAGGAGAACUAUGUCAAACAAAUAUCAAUGAUUGCGCACAGAAUCCCUGCAUAAACAAUGGUAGCUGUGAGGACGCCAUCGGACCCUACCAAUGUUUGUGUCCACCGGGGUUUGAGGGAAACAAUUGUGAACUUGACAUCAAUGACUGUAUCGAAAGUCCAUGUGAUCACGGAGGAACCUGUAUGGAUGGAGUCAACAGCUUCAGGUGCAUCUGCACAGCUGGCUUUACAGGUGACACCUGCUCAGUUGACAUUGAUGAGUGCAGCUCCGCACCUUGCAAGCACGGCAGUACAUGUGAAGACGGAAUCAACAUGUACACAUGCGCCUGUGCACCUGGGUAUGAUGGAAACACCUGCCAGAAUGAUAUAGAUGAGUGUCUUUCUGUGCCGUGUGAAAAUGGCGGAUCCUGUGUUGAUGACGUGAACUCCUUCAGAUGCCAGUGUCUUGCAGGUUAUGAAGGAGAGACGUGUCAAUAUGAAAUCAACGAGUGCAAAUCCAGUCCAUGUAGAAACAAUGGUACAUGCACAGACCAGAUCAACUCUUACACAUGCUCCUGUGUUCCUGGCUUCCAAGGGCCACACUGUGAAACAGACAUUGACGAGUGCCUUUCAAGUCCCUGUCAACACGGUGGAACAUGCGUGGACAGAGUGAAUGGUUACGUUUGCCUCUGUCCUGAUGGUUAUGAGGGAACUCACUGCGGAAUCGAAAUCAACGAAUGUCUAUCAAAUCCGUGUCAAAAUGGCGGCACAUGCACAGAUGGCCUGGCUGGUUAUACUUGUACAUGUCCAGUGGGUUUUAAUGGUGAAGACUGUGAAAACAAUAUUGAUGACUGUAGCCCUAACCCAUGUAUGAACAGAGCCACCUGUGUGGAUGGAGUGGACAAUUACACCUGUGACUGUGCAGCUGGGUUUGACGGAGAACACUGUGAAAUAGAUGUGGAUGAGUGUGUGUCGUCCCCCUGCUACAACGGAGGCACCUGUACUGACGGGAUCAGCUCCUACUUCUGCACCUGCACACCUGGUUUCCAUGGUGAUAACUGUGAGAUUGACGUUGACGACUGCGACCCAAACCCCUGCACCAACGGAGGCAGGUGCAUCGACGGCGUGGCCUCCUACAGCUGCUCCUGUCCACGAGGAUUCACAGGAGAAAACUGUCAGGAAGACGUAGACGAGUGUUUGUCGAGCCCUUGUAAGAAUGGAGGAACCUGUCGGGAUGGAAUAGGUUUCUACGCAUGUAGCUGCAUGCCUGGAUUUGAAGGUCAAAACUGCGACAAUGACUUUGAUGAGUGUAGCUCUGACCCAUGCCAAAAUGGCGGCCUGUGUGACGACGGCCGCGAUUCCUAUAUCUGUAACUGUCAUCCCGGAUUCAACGGAACAAACUGUGAACACAACAUCGACGACUGCUGGCCUAACCCUUGUCAAAAUGGUGGGCAAUGCACGGAUGGGAUUAUGGACUACAACUGUACAUGUCUGGAGGGGUUUGAUGGUAUACACUGUGAGAACAAUAAAGAUGACUGCAGUCCCUACCCAUGCCUUAAUGGUGGAAGCUGUGAGGACGGCAUUGCUAGCUUUGUUUGCCACUGCCCUGACGGCUUUGAAGGGCAAACCUGUGAAGUAGACAUUGACGAGUGCAAAUCCAGCCCUUGUCAAAAUGGUGGCAUGUGUGAGGACGAGAUAAACGGUUACACCUGUAACUGCACUGUCGGAUAUGAAGGAAAAGACUGUGAAAUAGACACAGAUGAGUGUGCUUCCACCCCCUGCUUCAACAAUGGACAGUGCCAAGAUGGAGUCAACUUCUACAGAUGCCUGUGUCCUCCUGGGUUUGUGGGAGACAAUUGUGAGACUGACAUAGAUGAGUGUCUGUCCCUGCCCUGUUUGAAUGGUGGGACUUGUGUGGAUGGGGUUGACAACUACAACUGUACAUGUCCUGCUGGUUACACUGGUCAGACAUGUGAAACAGAUGUUGAUGAGUGUUCAUCUGACCCUUGUCAACAUAACGGCACUUGUGAAGAUGGCGUGAAUGGCUACAGAUGUGUGUGCAUCCCUGGUUAUAACGGAGAGAACUGUGAACAUGAUAUUGAUGAAUGUGAGUCGAGCCCAUGCCUUAAUGGUGGGACCUGCACAGAAGGAGUAAAUAUCUACAACUGCAGCUGCCCACAAGGAUUUGAGGGACAACAUUGUGAUAUAGAUGUAGAUGAGUGUGCGUCCAUGCCCUGUUUAAAUAAUGGCACCUGUGUGGAUGGAAAGGGAAACUACACCUGUUUGUGUCCUGAUGGGUAUACUGGACUGCUGUGUGAAACAGAUAUAAAAGAAUGCAGUUCCAAUCCCUGCCAACAUAACAGUACCUGCCAUGACCUGGUCAAUGCCUACAACUGUACAUGUGCUGCAGGGUUUGAAGGGGAAAACUGUGAAGUUGAUAUAGAUGAGUGUAGGUCCGACCCAUGUCAUCAUGGAGGGACCUGUGAGGAUGGCAUCAACUCAUAUCUCUGCCACUGUGUGCCUGGGUAUGAAGGAACUAACUGUGAAAAUGAUACAGACGACUGCAUCAGUCACCAGUGUCUGAAUGGAGGGAGUUGCUUGGAUGGUCUCAACAACUACAGCUGCUUGUGCCUGCCAGGAUUUCAGGGAGACUUCUGUGAAAUCAAUGUAGAUGAUUGCUCAUCAAACCCAUGUGACAACGGAGGGACCUGUAAGGAUGGCAUCGACUCCUACACCUGUCACUGUGUACCUGGGUAUGGGGGCACAAACUGUGACACUGAUAUUGAUGAAUGCAGCUCGUCCCCAUGUGCAAACAAUGGAACAUGUACGGAUCAACUCAAUGGAUACCUGUGUCAGUGUGCUGAAGGUUUCACUGGGGAGCAAUGUGAAGAAUUAAUUCGUGUUCAAGAUUUGGCAGACAGUUUCAAAGAAAAAGGCGACAUUGGAAGAAUUUCUGCAAGCAUGGAGUCAAAUCGAAGAGACAUUGGUGCAGAGGACAUCUCCAACUUACUCGGCACUAAUACUGCAGACUUAGAGGCUCAAGCAAGGGAACUCGGACAGCAAGAAAUAUUGACCUUACUGAAUCAAACAUUUUCUCUCAAUGCUACUGAUCUUGCCAACAGGACAGUUUCUAAUACUAAUGUAGUAAAUCCCUGUAUGUUUUGCUUUGCUUUGUGUCUUUCCUUUGUAAUGGUAUUGGACAUAACAUGGAAGAAAUAACAGUAGCUAAUGAAAGCAAUACUCUAUUUGCAGUAUUUGAUUUGUACAAGUAUAGUGACUAGAAUUGUUUUAUUGACAAAGGCUAACUAAAUUUUAUGGCUUGGAGAAUUGUUAGCCUGAAACUUGGUUACGGGUAUAACGUAAAUUAUGCCACAACUUUAAUCAGUAUAAAUCAAAUCUAAUCUAAAUUUGAAUCUAUUUUUUUGAUUACCGAAAAGUUCUAAAGAGCAGAUACUGUGUGCAUACUG